UUCAGUCAACGCCGUAUAUUCGAUUUAAAAACAACGACCGUUUUACGCGACGGUAGAAAAAUUGCGUUUUUAAGGAAGAAUUUGUUUUUUUUUAAGAAAGAAAGAAAAAAAUAAACUAUCAAAAUAAAACAAAUAAACGUGAAUUUCAUUAUAAUUAUUUUGCACACAAAACUAAUUUGAGCAAAUAUAUUUUUAUUUUACAUCUGCAACAGAAACUUUGUAUAUAAUAUAAUAAUCAAUAUUUAUUAUUAUAUAAAAUAAAAGUGAUCUCAUGAACAAAAAUAUAUUUUUAAAAUCUAAAGGCGAUAGUUUUUGUCAAAAAUAAAACAAAAAAAAUUUUAAAAAUUACGGCAACGAUUUUUACCUAAAAGAAAAAUAAAAUCAAAAACAUCACUAUCGCAAAUGAAAGCACAAUAAAAAAACUCAAAUAUAAAACGAACAAAAGCGAAAAAUAUUAAAUAAUACACAAAAAAAACUCUGAUAAAAUAAGAUAAAAAGUGAACAUAUUCAAAAGACAAAUUACAUUUAAAAAAAGUGUUAAACAAAACAACAAAAUAAUUAAUUAAAAAUAAACAAUAAAUCAUGGAGUAUCUGGAAUAUCUGGAAACAGCCUGGCUCUACCUGCCCUAUAUAUUCUAUACUUUUGUAUUCUUAACACUCAUACCAAAAUCUCUAAGUAAAAUCAAUCAAUUCGCCAAAGCAGACUAUGAAGCGAAUCGCAAUAAAUGGCAUCGCUGUUAUGCGCCCGAUAUUUGCUGUCACAAUUUAGGGGAAUCGGGAGAAGCUUUGCCCAAACAAAAGCCACGCAAAGCUGUUACCAGGGUAUAUCCCAAGAAACAAGCGGCUAAACAGGAAGUAGUCACCAACACUCAUGCCCCAAUUGUUGCCGAUGAACCGGCCAAUAUCUACAAGCGCCAGGUACACACCCAUACAAAUGUCAAUAAAAUCGCCAAAAUGUUUGAGAAUGGUGGCGUGCAAAAGAAAAUCAAUCGUGUUACGCCCACAGUAUUGCCUUCCGAUUUUCGCCGUUGCUCCAUGGACUUUGAUGAUGAGGAAAGCUAUCACAAAAAGGAGGAUUAUUCAUCAAAUCAGUCACAUGAAAGUCCGCUUAAAAAAGAAAAUGUGGUAUUGAGAAGACUUUCGAAACUUUCGCAAGAAUUAGAGGAGAAUAAUGAAAAUUCUUCGAAUAUUCUGAAUCAAAUGUCUCAUGAGGAACACAAUGAUUUGCAUAAUACAAGUUGGCGCAGUGAACCCAUAACCAUACAAAGACGUAAACGUCAAGUGCCUAGUGGUAUGCUAAUGCUUAAUGGCUUGUCUGCCACACCCUCAACAGUUUCACCCGCCCACUCAUCACCACUGUCUUCGCCACGCUCCUGCAAUUCACCGGUGCCCUGCUCAUCGCCUCUUUUGCGUAAUGCUCCCGUACUUAAUAUGAACACUAGUUUAGAGGAUCUAUUUGUGGCCAUUGCCAAGAGUGCCGAAAAUUCAGAUGGUUUCUUGUAUGCCGGCUGCACUUCAGUCUCACCCGUUACCUCCAUAGACGACAUAUUGUCGCAGCGCCGCUUGUCGCGUCCCUUGUCAGCGUAUUCUAUAAGUGAUCUUUUGAAUGAAGAACCCAAUAAGGGCAUGGAUGAAUCAUAUGUGGAGAAUUUUUUAAAAGUUUUAAAUACAACUUGAAAGUCUUUAACUAGAAAUAAGGAUGGUUUUCACAGUGUGCGUUUAAGUUUAGGUAACUACAGGGAAAAUUAAAGACGUUUUUUUUAUAUUAUUUAUUUAGAUUUAGCUAAGUUUGCUAAAGUGCUUUUUAUUCAGUUAAAUAUUUGUAAUUCUAUUAAGUUGUUCCUUUUUUGAGUAUUUUCAUUUAAGGUUUUUAGAAUUUUUAACUAUAGUUUAAACUAGCAAUAUUUGUUUGUAAAUUUAAAUGCCAGUAAAAGUGAUAAAUAGAAUUAGUAGAGUAUUUUAAAUAAUAAAUUUAAUAUUGUGUUUAACUAUAAAUGAAAUUAGCACUGAACAUAACUAGAUAUUGAAAAAACGGUUGCAAACUGCACUAUGUAGAUUAAAUAUUUUUUGUUCAGCUUAAUUUAAUAAAUUAAAUGGAAUUAAGUUCAGUUAUUUAAACGAUUAUUUUCAAUUCAGUUUAAUAUUAGUUUAAGUCCUAUUUAUUAAAUGUCUGGUUAAUCUGGUUCAAGUCUUGAAGAUAAUUGGAAUAAAUUGUUUAAUUAAACCCUAAUCAAAUUAUUGUAAUAGGUUUUAAUUUAACUGAGUCUUCUGUUAUAUUAUAUUUAUGCAAAACAAAAAUAAUCGUUUAAGAAAAUUAAUUAAGUUAAACUUAGUUUAUACUUUGAUGGUUAAAGAAAAGUUUAAGUUUUGUUUAACCAACGUUUUUAAAAAGUAUUUUUGAAAAUAAUGAAUUUGAAAUUACUUAGCAUGAUUAAAUCAACUUGUUAGUUUAACUGAAGAUUUAGGAUAUGUUUGUUAGGCUAAAUUGUUUUGGAUAAAUUCAAAACAGUAUAAUGUAUAAAAAAGAAAGGUUAGUUAAAUUUCUAUUAAAUUACAAGCUUAACUCAAUUAUUAACAAAUUAUUAUUUUUAAAUAAUGUAUUGAAUUUAACUAAAUAUUAAUAAGUUUUUUUUAUAAUAUUCUUUAAUUAAAUGCCACAACGUUUAGUUAAACUAAACUUAGAUAAUUUCAGAACACUAAAAAAUGAAGUUUAGUUAAACUUUUCAUUUAAUAGAAAAUGACGGGUUUAACUUAACCAAUUAAAUAAUGUAGUUAUUAAGCUGAAAAACUUAAUAACUUUUACUAAAUACUUAAACUAACACUAUGAAAACAUCCUUAAAGAUAUUUUAAUUAAAAAAAAAUAAAGAAAAACGAAAAAUCCUGUAACAUAUUUCUGUUGAAAACAAAAAUGUUUCAAAGUGCCAUGUCUUUAAGUUAAACACUAAAAAACCAACAAAAGUUUAUUUGUGUUAAUCAUUUAAAAAGGAAAAAUGUCAGGGUAAUUUAAAACAAAUUUAAAGAAAACUAAAUGAGUCACUCGGGUUUAUUCAUUCACUAUUUAAUUUAAAUCACUUGUUUUUUUCUUUUGUAUAUAAAUUAUUUCUUACACCAUUAUUAACUCUAUAAUACAAAAAAUUAUAAAUGCCAGUCAAGCUUUACAAAUAAAUUUAUUACUAUUUUAAUACGUUUUUAAUUAUAUUGUUUAACACACAUUUUUAUUAAAACUAAUUUAAAUAAUUGAAAAUGUUUUUUUCAUAUAUGCGUGUAAUUUUAAACCUUAAUUCUCUAUAAAAUAAGAAAUUUUUUUGUUAAAAUUGUUUGACUUAUUUUGUGUAUGAUGAUUAAGUGUUUUAUCAAAUGAUUGAAUGAUGGGUAGAUUUUUUUUUUGUUGAAAUUAUUAAAAAUUUAUCAGUUGUUUUUAGAAUAUGGGGAGUGUAAUUGCCAGUGUUAUACAGUUUUAAGGGACUGCAGACCACACAAUUGAAAUAUUGUGAAAUAAAAAUGUAUAUAAAUAAAGUAUUAUUAAUAUUUUUUUAAAAAAUAAGUUAAAACUAAAACGAAUAUUAUAUUGUAAAUAUAAACAAAGAAAUAUAUAAAAAUAAAUAAAAUAAAUUAUUCGACUGAAUUAAAAAAAAA